AUGUCGGAACCUCAGCAUAUUGCCUCGCUGGCGAUUCAACCUCAACCCGAUAUCGAACCAGAGAGGCAGCACAUGCAGGAUACGCAUGAGAAGUCAGAAGCACCAGAGACACAACUCGAGAAGCAAGAUAUGCCCGAGGCACAAGACAAACAAGAAAUAGCGACCGAGAUCGACAACAAGCAAGAGAAACAAGAUAUAGACGGAAAAGUCGAAGGAAGAACGGAGAAAAACCUUGAAGAGGAGCUUGACGACGACAUCGAGGGAAAACAGGAAGCGAACAAUGAUGCGAAACAAGACCAGGAGUCAGACGAUGAGCCACAGGAAAAACGAGGAGACAAGCCAGAGGAAAAGCCGCUGCAGAAUGACACCAACACAAAAAGACUCUCGUCUGGCACGGAGUCUGACGACACUGCGUCUGCGUCCGAUACUGAUGACAAGUUCGAAGACGCUGUAGCGCAAUCUCCUACACGAUCGCUCACAAACCGAACUGUCUCGCAACCUAAACCUCGUGAUAGUAUAGUUGAGGAGCAGCCUGAUCGGCGGUCUGAAGAGUCGCAUCGUGAGGAGGAGACCCGAGAAACAAGCAUCCCUCAACACAAGGCUACUGCUUCCGACGCAGGUAGUAUUGGAAAACUGUCACGAAGAAAGCCAUCAAUAGCUUCCACGCGCAUUUCCAAUACCUCGAAUUUGGAUAACGUUAGCCUGGACGACGAUACGCCUCCAUCCCCAUUGCCUAAAGAUCUCCCACCAAAGCCAAACAGCAAAACGAUAUCCUUGAACAGCAUUUCACUCCCUUCUAUGCCUUGGUCGCCUGCCCCUGAGCCUCUGAAAAGCCCUGUGCCACCGACAGCUACACUCGCGCCCUCUCCACCGUUACCUCAGCCCCCGCCGCCACCCAGUCGGAAGCUUACCAGUCCUUUCUCUUGGCUUUCUCGAAGCUCCAGUAAAGAGAGAGAGCCUCCUCUUCCACCGCUUCCUACCGGCCGAAGAAACACGGCCGGUUCUGUCGCAACUCUAGCUAGUAAUCCCGAAAUGAUGUUGAGCCGACUCGAGGAGGAGAAGGACGGUGACUCGCUAACUGGUGAUCCUAUUCAGCGCGUCACAUUGAAAGAUAGGUUUAAGCAGCUACGACAACAACAAGAGGCUGCUCGUGCGAUGGCAGAAGGUGAUGGUGGUAAAUAUGAUGGGGCCCUUGGCCUUACUCUGCCAGGCGAUGAAGGUCAGACACUUGAGAAACCCCCAUCGUCGCCUGUCCCACAGCCUAUUGCUGGCUUGGCGCCAGGAACAGUAUCCGGAGUCAACGCUGGAAUUUCAGCCAUCACAGAAGAGAAAGUCGAUUGGGAUUUAUGGCAAUCCGUUGUCUAUGAGGGACCAGCUGCCGUGGCCCGAACCAGCGCCGAGGAGCUGAACAAGGCUAUCGCAACUGGCAUCCCCAGCGCUAUCCGUGGGGUUGUCUGGCAGGUGCUGGCUGAUAGCAAGAACGAUGACUUGGAAUCGGUCUAUAAAGACUUGGUAACUCGCGGCACAGACAAGAACAACCGUCACAGCAACAGCACAACCGCUAGCUCAUUAAGCAACGGCAACCUUAGCGUUCAAAGUGGAGAAGCUGUCGCAUCCUCUGCUUCGUCUAUCAACUCGGAGCAUUCAGGCGGUAACACUGCGUCGCCUCCAAAUGAGAAGAACGCUGAGGCUGUCUUGAAGGCUCAAGCUGUGGCUGCCGCCGAGCGAAAGCGGAAAGACAAGGAGGAUGCUGCCACACUACAAAAACUUGAGAAGACGAUCCGCCGUGAUCUUGGUGCCCGCACCAGCUAUUCUAAGUAUGCGGCUGCUGCCGGGCUUCAAGAGGGUCUGUUUGGCGUCUGCAAGGCAUACGCCCUCUUUGAUGAGGGUGUUGGUUAUGCCCAAGGCAUGAACUUUCUUAUCAUGCCUCUGCUAUUCAACAUGCCCGAACAGGAAGCUUUCUGUCUUUUGGUUCGACUGAUGAAUCACUACAAACUGCGAGAUCUUUUCAUCCAGGAUAUGCCCGGUCUGCACAUGCAUCUUUAUCAGUUUGAACGACUACUAGAAGACUUCGAGCCAGCACUGUACUGCCACCUUCACCGAAAGGGAAUAUCGCCUCACCUUUAUGCUACCCAAUGGUUCUUGACGCUGUUUGCUUACCGGUUCCCGCUUCAACUCGUACUCCGUAUUUAUGACUUGAUCUUCUCUGAGGGCUUGUCAGCAAUUCUGCGAUUCGGCAUUGUUUUGAUGCAGAAGAAUGCCAGCAUUUUGCUGGGCCUGUCAGACAUGCAGCAACUUACUACAUAUCUAAAGGACAAGCUCUUCGACGUCUAUAUUGACAAGGAUCCCAGCACUGGCAGCCUCCUCGAGAAUGGCUUCUUUGGAAGCUCAAGCUCCAACAUCGAUAAAGAGGUCUAUCGCGCUGACCAACUUGUCAAGGAUGCUUGCGAAGUCAAGAUUACACCAGAAAUACUGAAAGCUUACAGCACUGAGUGGGAGGAGAAGACCAAGGCCGAAAAGGAUCGCGAGAACGAACUUUUGGAGCUUCGCGCGGCGAAUCACAAUUUCUCCAUCAGAGUCCGAAAGCUUGAGGAGAGAGUGGAAGCUUGCGACCGUGAACAGGCAGAUUUGGCUACGGAGCUUGUACAUACCAAGGUCGAAAACCAGGAGCUCAAGGAUGAGAACGACAGCAUGAGGGGCCAAGUCCGAGAGCUGAAGAUUGUCAUUGAAAAGCAACCCAUGGAGAUCGAAGAGACAUGGAAGCUCGAGCGCGAUGAUCUGAUGAAACGCAAUAUGCAUGUUCACGAGGAAAACCAGAGACUUGAGAAGGAGUUGGGCGAGCUGGAAGAAGAGUUGGUUCAGACAAAGCUACAAUACGCAGAGAUCAACUCUCAGCACGAGACCCUGAAUCGCAAAUGGAGUGAGCUUAAGCGCCAAUUUGCAUGA